UGUCUCUUCUCUGUUUUCCGUGUCCGACCAACCAUCGCGCUUCGUUCCUAUAUCCCCAUGCCGCCGCCACCUUCCUCGUUUUCCCCAUCAAUCCAAUCCAUCGAUCCCUCCCGAUCUCUCCACCCAACCAGUGAGCCUCCUCCCGAUCCCUUCCAAAUCAAUUGCAGUAGCCUCGCUCCGUUCAAGAGGAGUCGACCCCGAGACUCCAGCCUCUCCCGCUCGAGGGCUCCCGAGCUGCACCAGGCCCCAAGCCGCCUCGAGCUCCCCUCUCCUCCACCUCGUCACUGCCUCGCCUCACCAGAGCUGCCUCCCCCGUCGGCGAGCACCUUCACCAGGUCGCCUCCGGCCAGGGACACGAACCAGCAAGCCAUGGGCGCCCGAAGCAUGGACUCCCGCUGCCUCGGCCCCGAUCUGGACCGGAUCCCCUCUCCUCCGCCGCCCUUGACCGCUCCUGCCGGAUCCCGCCGGCUGGGCCCCAUCCCCGGCCACCGGUGCCCUCGCCAGAGACCACCUGCAUCGCCAGCCGCUGCCCUUGCUUCCUCUCGUUGGAGACAGACGAGCGCCACGACCGCUUCAGCCGCUGCUCUGCUUCCGUUGACCGCAGCCGCCCAAGGCCCAGCUCGCGCGCCUCCUCACCCCGACGGCCUCCUCCCCACCGAACCGGGCCAUAGCCCAUGGGUGAGCUGCCCCCAACGCCUGCUCCUGUUGGCCCGUUUGCACCAGAUUCGGCCCGAUGCGUGUUUUUUUCCUCUGUUGCGAUUUUAGCUAAUUUCCAGAUAACUGCUAUUUUACAGAAAAGUCCCUUCUGUUCAUGCAUAUAGUAACUUAAUAACCAUGCAUCGGAUUAAAAUGAAUUAUACAUGAAACUUGCUUAGAAUUUUGUGUAGAUUAAUAAUAUGCAACUUUCAUCUAUGUUUAAAAUGAUUAAAAUUGCUGUUUGUGUAAAUUUGCUCCUAUGCCAUGCUAAAAUGAUUUAAUUCGUAACUAAUUAACCGUAGCUCCGAAUCUAACAAACUUUAUAUGUAAAUGGGGUAGAAUUUUGCCUAGUUUAACAU